AGCGGGGAGCGGCGGGGCGCAGCCGCCCGCGCCGCAGCGGGGAUGCGCCGCGGAUCCCGGCGAGGAGUUGAAUUUGCAAUAUCAAGGUUCUAGAUGUCGAAGGAAGCAGCAACAGGUUUUCUGAGCUGUAAAUACAAGCCUACAGUUUUCAGCUGUUUCCUAAGAGCUGAAAAAGGAUGGAAGAACCGUUUGGUGCUGACAGCUGCUGAGCCACUCAAAGGGAGCACAGGUGCAGUUCAGAUGAGAUUGAAUUCCUCUUUGGCUGUCUGUAAACUGUGAAACAGAAGGAUGCAGAAGACUAUCCCUUGCCUUUUUGUACAUGAGUGAUAAGAGCACAAGAUCAUUACUACAAGUUUGCUGCAAAGAUGAGUUCAGAGGAUAAGAGUAUAUCUCCAGCUCACAAAACAUCCACUCCAUCACACAGAAGUGCCUCCUCUUCAUCAUCUUCUCAGAGGGACAGGAGGCAGAGUGUUCAUAUUUUGGAGCGGAAGGCUUCUUCGGGAAGCACAGACCCUUCUUUAAGCAAGCAGUUCCUUGAAAGCGACCCUAUCUCUCUAUCCAAGGAACCUGACAGCUGGGAAAUCAUAGAGGGUCUGAAAAUAGGCCAGACCAAUGUCCAGAAGCCAGACAAACAUGAAGGUUUCAUGCUGAAAAAGAGAAAAUGGCCUUUAAAAGGUUGGCACAAGAGGUUUUUUGUCCUGGAUAAUGGCAUGUUGAAAUAUUCAAAGUCACCAAUUGAUAUACAGAAAGGCAAAGUCCAUGGGAGCAUUGAUGUUGGUUUAUCAGUUAUGUCCAUAAAAAAGAAGGCUCGUAGAAUAGAUCUUGACACAGAAGAACACAUCUAUCAUCUGAAGGUGAAGUCCCAGGAUUCAUUUGAUGCAUGGGUUUCAAAAUUACGCCACCACCGGUUGUACCGUCAGAAUGAGAUUGUGAGAUCUCCGAGAGAUGCUAGCUUUCAUAUAUUCCCUUCAGCCUCUACUACAGAGUCUUCACCAGCUGCUAAUGUGUCAGAUGGAAAGGUGCAACAAAAUAGCUUCCCCUGGCAGCAGUCUCCAAUACCUUGUAGUAACAGCCUUCCUGCUACUUGCACUACUGGUCAGAGUAAAGUAGCAGCCUGGUUGCAGGACUCUGAAGAGAUGGACAGAUGUGCAGAAGAUCUUGCUCAUUGUCAGUCAAACCUUGUGGAACUCAGUAAACUUCUUCAAAAUUUAGAAAUACUGCAGAGAACUCAGUCAGCACCAAAUUUCACAGACAUGCAGGCUAACUGUGUAGAUAUUUCAAAGAAAGACAAGCGGGUCACGAGACGAUGGAGAACAAAAAGUGUCAGCAAAGAUGCAAAAAUUCAACUUCAGGAAGGGCCGGCACCGAAGGGCCAGUUCAGCACAACACGACGCCGGCAGAGACUAGCAGCUGCAGUGGCUACAACAGUCCCUUUCAGUGCUACAAUGUCACCCGUUCGACUACAUUCAUCCAAUCCCAACCUUUGUGCAGACAUUGAGUUUCAGACUCCCCCAAGCCAUGUAACGGACCCUCUGGAGUGCUCUACUGAGUACAUGAAGCUUCAAGAAGAGUUCUGCCUGAUGGCACAAAAAGUGCAUUCUCUUUUGAAGUCUGCCUUUAACAGCAUAGCUAUAGAGAAGGAGAAGCUUAAGCAGAUUGUUUCAGAGCAGGAUCUUACAGGCCACAAUGCUCAAAUAGCACACCUCAGACAGUCCCUCUCUCAGGCUCUCAACCAGAAUGCUGAACUAAGGAGUCGCUUGAACAGAAUACAUUCAGAAUCUGUUAUUUGUGAUCAGGUUGUCAGUGUAAAUAUUAUCCCUAGUCCUGAUGAGACGGGUGAACAAAUUCAUGUCAGUUUGCCGCUAUCUCAGCAAGUUUCUAAUGAGAGCAGGCUCUCUAUGUCUGAAUCCGUUUCAGAGUUCUUUGAUGCACAGGAAGUGCUUCUGUCUGCCAGCUCAUCAGAAAACGAGGCUUCUGAUGAUGAAUCUUAUAUCAGUGACGUGAGUGAUAAUGUAUCUGAAGACAACACCAGUGUUGCAGACAACAUUUCUCGGCAAAUUCUUAAUGGUGAGCUAACAGGAGGCGCAUUCAGGAAUGGACGGAGAACUUGUCUCCCAGCUCCCAGCCCUGACACCAGUAAUAUCAAUCUGUGGAAUAUUUUGAGAAAUAACAUUGGCAAAGAUCUUUCCAAAGUAUCCAUGCCAGUUGAGCUAAAUGAACCUCUGAAUACCUUGCAACAUCUUUGUGAAGAGCUGGAAUACAGUGAACUCUUGGACAAGGCUGCUGAAACAGAUGAUCCUUAUGAACGCAUGGUUCUCAUAGCUGCUUUUGCAGCGUCAGGCUAUGCCUCUACAUACUUUAGAGCAGGAAGCAAGCCAUUUAACCCAGUGCUUGGUGAAACUUAUGAAUGUAUUAGAGAAGACAAAGGAUUUCGAUUUUUCUCAGAGCAGGUUAGCCACCAUCCUCCCAUUUCGGCCUGUCACUGUGAAUCGAAGAACUUUGUGUUUUGGCAAGAUAUCAGGUGGAAAAACAAAUUCUGGGGCAAAUCAAUGGAAAUUUUGCCAGUUGGAACCUUGAAUGUGACUCUUCCAAAGUAUGGAGACUACUACGUCUGGAACAAAGUCACUACUUGCAUACAUAAUAUUCUUAGUGGAAGGAGGUGGAUAGAACACUAUGGAGAGAUAACUAUCAGAAACACAAAAAGCAGUAUUUGUAUUUGUAAACUCACAUUUGUCAAGGUAAACUACUGGAAUUCAAAUGUAAAUGAGGUCCAGGGUGUUGUAAUAGAUCAAGAAGGGAAGGUGGUUCAUCGCCUUUUUGGAAAGUGGCAUGAAGGCCUUUAUUGUGGGGUUGCACCUUCCGCCAAAUGUAUAUGGAGGCCAGGCUCCAUGCCAACCAAUUAUGAACGUUAUUACGGCUUCACGAGGUUUGCUAUUGAGCUCAAUGAAUUAGACCCUUUAUUGAAAGAUCUUCUUCCUACAACAGAUGCGCGAUUCAGGCCAGAUCAAAGGCUUCUGGAGGAAGGAAAUGUAGAAGCAGCAGCAUCUGAGAAACAACGAAUAGAGGAACUCCAGAGAGGUCGAAGGCGGUACAUGGAAGAAAACAGCAUUGAAUACGUACCCAAAUUUUUUAAAAAAGUUAUCGACGCUAAUCAAAGAGAAGCCUGGGUUACCAAUGACACCUACUGGGAACUGCGAAAGGAUCCUGGCUUUAGUAAAGUAGAAAUUCCUGUACUCUGGUAAACUGAGAAUGUAGAUCUAGUAAACAUAUCACUCUGAAGGAAAAAAUAACUAUGCACAAUAUGUUUCUUAUAGCUAAGCGUGGUUUGUGGGUCUACAGAAAAACCUAUCAUUUGCAUUUAUAUUCAUCUUUAUAACGGACUUUUGAAAGUGCAUUAGACCAGGCCCCUGACCACUUCUGGAUCUUUUUAAUUUUGCAGCAGCCAUUUAAAAAAAAAAAAGAAAAAAAAAAGAAACAAAAACCUUUUAAAGUUUCAUACACUGAAAAUUCAGAACAAAAGAAGCAGAUGAGUUAUCCAAAGUCACUUGGAAGAGGUGGUAAAUGCAAAACUGCAACCGGUGCUUUAAACAGACAUUAAGAGUAAUGUAAUUUAAAUUAAAAAAAAAAAAAGGAAGAAAAAGAGAAAAAAAAAUCCAUUUUUUUUUCAACUAUUUUUGUUAAAAACUCUUGGGUCACAAUACUAUCGUUACUGGCUUCAGGUUAGUCCUUUGGUGUGAUGUACUUGGACUGGCCUUUGUCAAAGAGAUAUGCUUUUCUGCAAGCUGUUCCCAUUCAUAUGCCAUUGUUCAUGCCUUAAACAAAGUAUGAAGAUGUACAGUAAGUAAUUUUAAAAUAAGUAUACUUAGGCUUGUGUGAAGGGCAGAUUUUUAAAGCACUAGAAUUUUAUCAUGAUAUAAAUAUUGGAGAACCUGCAUUAUUUAAAAUCAAAAGACAACCAAACAUCUAACUGUAUAUGAGAUCUUCUGUACAUGCUUUAGUUUUGGGAAGCUGACUGUAUAAUCAGACUGAAAAGAAACUGCUAACUGGUUGAAUUUGAGACAGUUUUGGUAAAUGCAUAUGACUUGCUAGUCAGAAAGUUCAUAUUUUAAAUGACUGAUGCUGAGUUGCAAUCAUCGCUUUCACCACUGGCUGGAUGUAGUCUCACAGUGAAUCUCAUUUCCCCAUAACUGUUUAUACAAUUAGAAUUCCCUGAAGCUUUGCAACAGUGUUAAAAGCACAGAAAGAUUUCAUGGGAAGGUCUCUGGCUUCUCUCCAGAAGCUGGAUAGUACUGUAAAUGCAAUUGUUUUCUGCCACACACACUGCUGACUGGCUCUGUUUUUUCCCCAUCCACUUCUCCUAUCUAAAUUUAUAUCUGAGACUAUGGCAGAGGCUUCCAUACAUUGUACCUAACAACUACUACUUGUGUUGCCAAAAUAGCUUUGUGCAAAGUUAUAUUUUACAGUUUUUCAUAAAGUGAUUCUAUAUUUUUUGAUUAAGAACCAAGUCUCUUAAGUGUUGCUAAGCCUCAGUUAAUAUAUGUGGGAGAAGGCUCGGCACUUUCUAUUUGAAAAUCUCUGAAACAUUAAACAGUAGGAGGGCAGAUUUUAAUAAAAGGGAAAAAAAGUAAUUUUAUUAGGCAAAACCUGCAUUCCAUAUGGUAUGAUCUAGUCUUCCAUUUAUGCAUGUAUUAUACAUCCAGGCACUGAUGAUAGGUUAGAUUUCAUGCAUAUACACUGUAUUUCUUUCUACACAUACACAGCGUACAUAGUGCACUUGAAUUUUUCUAUUUAAGAUUGAUUCCAGUACAGAGACCUAAAAAAAUUAUUAGAUAGGUAUGUGAUCCUGGCAGCAGAGCUGCUUGAACAGUUCUCAGGAGACGACCACGCAUAUCCAGCUCUCUGACUGCCUCUUCGUUUUGCAGAGUCAGGUCCCUACAGAACUGAGAUUACUUUGAUUAUUUAAUAUGUGUCUAGUACUCCUCAUUGUUUAUAUGGCAAAGCAACUGGCAGAGCAACUAGAUACUAAUGAAUUCCAAUUUCUUCACACAGUUCUGUUAUCAGGAAAAAUGAUGAAAACCUAAAGAAAAUAUUAAGUAUACUUUUAAAGAAUUGUGAAUGCUCAUGAAUUGCUUAUGAAUAUUUGGUAUAAAAGAAGUGUGCAGAUUAACAGAGUUUCUUCCAAAGAAAAUUUUGAAUUAUUCAAGAACUAUUUAUUUUUAUUUCCUAGUUGAACCUAGUCUGAUAUUUUCUUUUUAGUUCUGCAAUUGUUAUUAUAAGAAAAUGAAAACAUAUCAAAAGUGGGUUUUUUUAAUCAUAUUUGGUUAAAUUCAUCCUACUUGCUUUAAUGAUGUUAUAUUAUGAAUCAAAUUGGCAUGUUGUGUGCAAAACAGCAAUUAAUUAUUCUGUGUCACUUUCCUUAAAAACAACAUUAUUAAACAUUUGCCCACCCCAUGCUCCAGUCUAUGAGCAGUCUACCAUGAUAUUAGAAAGCAUUAUGUGUGUAUGACACCAAAUACAUUUGAGGGACAGAAACUGUGUGUCCUGAAAUUUUUUUGAAAGUUGGAUUUUAAUUUAAAUACAGAAAUAAGGUCUUUAGUUUUACAGUGUUCUGCUAGUGCUUAGUGAAUGCCAUUAUUUGCAAUGCAAACUGAAACUUGGUGAACACUAAAGAUGAUAUCACUGAUUUAAUUAUUUUUUACAGUUGUUUAUUUGAUACUCAUUGAAAGAAAAAUAGCAUUAACAUUUUUAGAAUUAAAAAAGUGGCAUGUUAAACGUUUCUGUUGAAGGCACUUUUUAAGCCUACUGAAUGUUAAAUUAGUUAAUUAGUAAGUAGAGGAAACGCAAAACAAUGCAUCACAAAAUAUUUGCAGUCUUUAUCUGAAAUUGAAAAGUGCUAGCAGAUGUACCAUAAAGCAAUUUCUUAUAGUGCAGAAUUCUCUGGAUUCUGUGCAAAAUCUUUUAUUAAAUUUUCCCGUAACCUUGGGAGACAUCGUGAGAUAUUUUGUGCUGUUUCUAAAGAGAAUUAGUUAACAGAGGAUCAGUCUGGGGGCUUUUAUCCAAAUUACUAUUUUUAGACAACCAGUGAAACUUCACCAGCACUGAGUCGCGGGGGAUAGUGGCCUUUCCACUCCCCCACCAGUGUAGUGCGGAAUGGGGUUUCCCGUGUUGCAAUGAGAACGCGCUGUUGGCUCCUUUGCAGCCUGGCACCCAUUGUAAGUGCCUGCUGCUUUUCAGCGGGGCUGCUGCUUGGCUGUCCCUGCCCAGCACAUGGGUGCAGACCUUUGCACUUCUGCUGAACCUCAUGAAGUGUCUUCUGGCCCAGUCCUCAAGCCGAGCAAGGUCCUUCUGAGUGAAGCUCUGCCAUUUAGUGUGCUGUCUCAAUCUCCUAAUUUAAUAUCAUCUGCGAACUUGUUAGCAUGUAGUCUAUGUCCUCGCCCAGGUCACUGGUGAGAUGCUGAUUGACAUGGGCCACAAAACUGACUCCUGCAGGGCUGUCCUUGUUGCUGGCUGCCAGUGGGGUGUAAGCCAUUGAUCAGUGCCCUUCAAGCCUGGGGAUUCAGACAGUUUUCAGCCCACCUCACUCCAUUCAUCCAGGCAGUAUUUCCUUUUGAAAGGCAGGAAAAGUACUUAGCAGCUCAGUAGAUUUAAUUGCUAUAGGUUUGAUAUGUGAUGAAAAUUAGUGCAAAUCAUGUGACAUUUAAAACCUUUUAAACAAUUUAAGAAUUUCUAUCUUUCACUACAAAGGCAUAUCCAUUGCUUUUUCCUGUGUCUUCUCAAAACACUUAUUUCUGUAUAAAAUACGCAACCCUUAUGCCCUAGUUUCACAAUAGUGAACUGUACUAUCAAUUAAUAUUUUAAAAGUGUACCUUAGUUUGUUCCCUGUUCUGGUACUGCAGAUAUGAUAGGAUAAUAAUAGCUAUUUUCAUCAAAUGUAAUGUCUUACAAAGACUUAAAAAGCUUUGUUCCUAUUUUAGAUCUGUAUUAACGAGAUGGUAGAUUUUUCAGCAUAUCAGAAAUUGUUAUCUCACUGGGAGAUACAAUUUGAAUAUGAGUUGAUUUUUGUACAGUAUCACUGUGAUUAAAAAGUCAUCUAGACACCCAUUCUAAUUUUAGACUGACGCACAUUGCAUGAAAUAAUUUUUUUUGUAUUUGGCUUUAAAAGUGAACUCCCACUAUAAUACUCUCUUCAUCUUACAAAUAAUGUUACCUUUUUUUUUUUUUUUUUUUUCUCAUUUUGAACUUCUGACUGAAUGAGCUUGUACGGCAUUUGUGGGUUUUAUUGGAAUAGCACAUGGUAGGCAUAUGUCGAGUAUGGCAGCAUGUAUACAUAGCACAAGUUUGAAAGAUAUUGCCCUUAAUUCCGUACCAAACACUGUCAGAGAUUUAUGGAAACAAAUUACAUAAACCUUCAGGCACUCUAGGAGGCAGUGCUGGUCCUGCCCUCAUGGGUGGCUGGUGAGGAGCUUGCAUCUGGGCCAUCCCCUCUGCUUCCCAUGAGGAAACAUGGGAUUUUUUCACCUCCAACCAGGCAGAGUGGAGCUCAGUGCAAUGCAGUCUUGCUUGUAGAGUUUCUGUCAAAAAAUCUGAAUUUUUAGAAAUACCUUGGAAGGGAGGGGAGGUUCAUUUGCACUUAGACAAUAACCAAGAGGGCUGAAUAUGCCAAUUCUCUGUAGGUUUUACAAAACUUGCAUUCACUAGCAAACCCUGUUAGUAAAGGGAAGGUUUGUGUGGUCUCCUUGUUUUGUAGGAUUUUGAACAUUGUCUAGUGCAAAGAUAAACACUAACUGUUUAACAUGCCGUUAGCUGCAGUCGUAAUGUGAGGAAUUAACUCCAUUUUAGAUGUCAUUACUAAUACUGGAGGUGCAUAAUGAAAGUAAAGGAGAGUUUUCAGAUUAAAUCCACCUGAAAGGAAAAGGUAUUUGUAUUCGUAUGCUAAAAUUACAAGAGGUUAAAGUUAGAGAGUUUGGCCCAGCUGAAGGAAAAAGAUCAACAUUGACAGAAUUGUGUAAGAGACACUGGAAUGGCCUCAUCAGUCAUUCUGUGCUAUACACAGACCUGGGAGAAAGCUAACAAAGUUUACUAUGGCAUAACCAGUUACCUGGGCAGGUACUGAGGUUGAAAAUACUAUCUUGCGUUUUCUUCCUGUCUGUCCUAUUAAGUAACAGUCAUCAAAAUUGUAUAAAACUUGAAUUUGCUCUUUAGAGCAUAUAUUGAUAAAAGUCAAGGUAGGCAGGGAUACAGUGGCAAUUAAUGUUUUCUGUUAAUGUGCUCAAAAUUGUGAAGAUAUAUUUAGUAUGUAGUAUAAUUUUCUAUUUUACCAUCCCUUUACUUUUAUUAUAAUUCUGGUAUCACUCAGAAGUAGUUCCAUGGAGAAAGGUCUUUUUUUUUCUUUUCUGUUUUUGUUUGGGGUUUUUUGUUUUGUUUUUAACAGAAGAAUCUAGACUAAUAAGGGUUUAAUUAUUCCUGGGGAGGAUAUCUCCCCGAGCUCCAUUAGAACAGUGAAUGGCACCCACAAGAAUGUUGCAAAUCUCAGUAAGCUCAGAGAAAUGGCUUAUUUACAGCAAUUUAUUUUAUUUUUGUAAGGAGUCCACUUACAAAAGCAAAUACAUUAUUUGCUCUUUAAGCUAGGGAAUGUGAACCACCUUCAUUCAUUAGCUUUGGUGUAAGCUAUGUCUUUCUUCCACUAAACUGAAAAGCCUCUUUAUAAAAGGAUUUUUAUAUGGUGUCUUGCAGGUUUAAAAGGUGAUAGCAAUGUAUUUGUAGGUGGUUUAUAUAACCAUCUUUUCCUCUGUCAAGUUUUGUGGUAUUAUAAACCGAUCAUAUAUUUUUUUUUUUUUUCCAUUCCUUGCGAUCUCUGACAAACCUCAGAAAACAGAGGGAGAGACUAAAUGGAGAACAGCAAAAACUAGUUGCAGCAGCUCUGUCAGUGGCACAGCUGUAACAAAAUAGAAAGUUUUCUAACUUCUGUGAAUUAAAAUGUCAGCAGAGCUGGUGAAUCCAUUUCAGCAGGUUAUCUUAAUACCAUUUUUCUUUCCACUGAUCCAUGACAGCAUAAAAAAAGGGAGCACUGAUGACAUUUGCUCAGAAUUAACUCUGAAGGUGAAGGGAAGUUUUUAUUCCUUUUAUAAAUAAAAAUGACUGUAGCCAGCAUUUGGCUCAAGUUGUAUUGGUAAUGUGGACAAAAAGAGUAACAUAUUUUAUAAAUAAGGACACCAUAAAGUUGGAAUAUAUAAUCAGCAAUUUGUAACAUAUUCUGUCUUGACCUAUGAAUAAUUCAUUGAAAUAUGGUAAAGCUACUUAUUUGUACUCCUGAAGCAAUGAUCCACAUGCUGUCUCCUGUGAAACACUAAAAGGUAUUUCCAUAUUGACUGCUACUUUUAAUGGUCUACGUUAAUGAAAGAGGGAUAUCUUAUGAUAAUAUAUAAUGUUGCUGGCCCAGAACAUUUGGGAUGCAAAAAGGGAAGAGGUGAGGAGAUUGUUUCAAAAAGUCAGGAGUGGGUAACAUCUUUUACACCCUGAGCGUCAAAAUUAUGUAAGUGCUAUAUGAGAGCAGCACAUACAGUGAUAAAUAUUCAGCCACAACUAUUCUUCUUCACUGAGGUACUCGCUCCUUGUGCCGGUCAGUAUAGCCACACAUGCAACAUCUUUUUCUGAAGUUGCACUAUUUAUGAUUGUGCUUAUGGCCCAGAGGUUGACUUGUCAGGUCCACCGAGGACAAUCGGUAUUAGAGUAAGGCUUGCAAACUCAGAUUUCUGUUCUAGUAGUCCUGUGCUGAAUGCUCUCUCUCUUCCUUUGUUAAAUUUAUCUGAACAAGGGAUAUUACAGAAACAUUAACAAAAUUUAAUAUAAGUUUAAUCCUCAUUAUUUUUCAGGAAAGGGAAAAUUCACAAUAGCUUCUUCAACUAUGUUAAAUACAGAUGAGAUCUUCAAUUAUCUUUGUAUUUGCUUAAUAUUUUAUAAAAGAUUUUGAGCUUGGAUCACCAAUAAUAAAAUAAUAUAUAAAUACAUUAAACUUGCUUUGUCACCUGUCUUGAAGUCAACAUUGAAAAUUAUAAUUUCAAUUUGAGGUUAGAAAUUAGGUCUAUUUAGUUCUUGAAAGAAGUGUUACUGGUAUUCUUUAGUGGUUGGAAUAUAGUAUAACAAAUUCAGAUGACAAUAAAUUUUAUUUUCAUCUGAGUCUCGAACAAGACCUGACGAUGAGCUGAGAAAUAAAUGCUGAUGAGUAUAUUUUGGUAUGCAGGCAUAAAUGCAAAGAUGGCAACUUCUACCUUAGUUAAGCUUUCGCUUUAAUUAGCGAAAAUUAUGUCUAAACUAAUUAUUUUCAAACAUUCAUUCUGCACUAAGAAUUAGUGCAGGUGAAGUUUGAGUUUUAAAAAUUAAACAAUGUUUGGAACUCCACAGACAUAAAGAGUGAUGCUUCUGUCUUGCACCUAAUGCUCAGAUCUUGCUAAAUCUCCAGCUCUCAGAGCAGAGUGGACCUAUAUAGUGCUUACUUACUAAAAUUUCAUCCUUGGACCAAAAAAAAAAACCAGUGGGCUUUUCUGACUGGGAUUCUUCUUUGUAUAUUGAUUUGUGUCUAUAUUAUUUACUAUAAAAUGAGUAAGAAAUCAAGCUGCUAGCAUCUGAUGUCUGAAAUCUUUUCCUUCACAAAAAUGCAUAGAAAACCUGUUCUUUAUCUGAUACUGCUGGAUUGUCUGAAGCGGAUAUUUUAUUUAGCACGUAAAAAGCCAUCAUAAAAUUAAACUGCUGUUUAAUCAUUAUGAUAGUUCUAUAUUAGGGUAUUAAGUAUAUUUUCUUGGUUGUAACCAGUAGCAAGACUCUUCUUUGGGUCUUUAUCUACUUUCCUUUGUAUAACUAACAGGUGAAUUAUGAUUUCUCAGUAUUUCAACAACAAAGAAUUCUGUAUUUUCUCUCAUUUUUGCACAAAAUUAAUGUGAAUUGGGAAGAAUUUCACACUUUUUGGGUGAGAUUAGAUCCCAUACGCACAUGUAUGAAAUGUAAUAAAUUUCUCUGAGAAUGCCAUUAGAAGAACAAGGUUUAGAUUAGUUUUCAAUUUUACAUUGUAUUACUGGGCUUUCUUUGCUUUUAACAGCCUUUAAUUUCAGAUGGGAAACAGCCCUGCACCAAUUCUUUAGCAAGCCAAAAUGUCAAAACCUAAAUAGCUAAAAGAGCAUUCUUUGCUGAUUGCCCAUAACUCUGUGCUCAUUCUACAACCCCCCCCCACCCCCGCCGAAUCUGUUGAUUUCUCGUAUACCUGUUUGUGUAACAUACUUGUAAAAGGAGGUCCUCAGAGUCUUUCCACUGUGAUUAUGCUAUUCUGUCAGCUAGAAAGGUAUACAGAAACUUGCUUUGCGGUUUUUAAGAUGAAUGUUAAAGGCAAAUAGUUGCUUUCUAGAAGACUAACAUACAAAGCCAGUACUACUUUUGAAUACUGGGUAGACAGUGUCUGUUUUAGAGGGAACUGUACAGACUGUAAUUAGAAAGGGUCUGUGUUUCUAGGUGCAUCAGACACAUUUUUUUCUGUUGUUUGAAAGCUAUAGAAAACAGUUACUUAAGGGGGGAAAAAAAACAUUUAUGUACCCAAAUGUUGCAGAAGGUAUUUUUGACAACUAUAAUAUUAAACUUCACCUGCAGCACCCUUAAUUUUAUGCUCAGAAAUUCACUGUGAACUUCCAUAAUGAGAUGAAGAAGAAAAGGAUACUUGGGGAAAAAAAAAAAAAGAAUCAGUACCAUAAUUUCUAAAUAACUCAAUAGAAAAUUGAUUUGCAAAUAUUUGUUUUGAAAACUGGAUAAACUACUUCCAGUAUUGCAAUUUUUAAAAGUGCAAGUUUAGUCCUUCAUAGUACAUUCAGUAAUUUAACAUUUAAAAAAAAAAUCUUGAUUUAUCUUGAUUGCUUUCCUGCAAAUGCAUUCAUUUGUGCUUGACUAUUCACAAUUUUGGGAUAUCUUUCAGGAUGAUUCUUCUUUACAUCUUAUUAAUUCUGACUCCAAGUACUGGCUAUAAUCAUGCCUGUAAAAACAACUAUAUUGCUUACAGUUACUAAGCAUCAACAGCUGAAGAAUAACAUAGGUAGGAUAUAAUUUGUAUGUUCCAAAUUUAUAGACUUUUAUUUCACAUGCAAGAGUUAAUCAGCAAUGCACAUCUCAGAUUUUUUUUUCGCUUCAUCUGCUUGGAAUCUGGUCUUGCCCAAGCAGCGAUAUGUACUUAGCAUAAACAUUGCAAACAGUCUCAUUGAAUUCAGUUUAAAAGAUGUAGAUACUAAAGUUCAAAUAAAAAGGCCCAACGGUGCCAUUCCUAAGAAAUCAAAACAAUGUACCUGGUUACACCAGGCUUUAUAGUACUUGAUUUUUAAUUCCUACAUGCUUAAACAAAUGAGCACCUAUGCAGAUGAGACUGAGCUGCUGUUGUUAUUCCAUUGAACUCAGUGAGCUUCCAGGCGAGUGGAUGAUCUAGCAGCCCAAGUCUAUUUCAACUCUAGGCCUAACGUGCAGUCAAGCCUAGGUAUUCAACUAGUUACACUUAAGCUUGAUUUUGAACAUGUGCGCUGUCUUGUGGAAGAUAAAUGUGUGAAAUACAGCUGGUUUGACUGCUUGCCAGUCAGAGCAGUAUAUUUGACUUUCCUUUGACUCUCUUGCAUUUUGGGACCUUAUUCUGGGGCUUGUAGUAUUUAAAAGCCAGUUAACUUCAUGUUCUCUGCGAAGCUCAAUUAUGUAUGACAUUUGGAAGAAAGAAAA